CCUGAUUUCAAACCAUAACGAAAGAAACAGUCACAAAGAAGAAAAGAGUCUAAUCGUCGUUUCAAUCGAUUUCAGUUAACAUUUUCUGAACUAAGAAACAAGUGUUCCCUACUUUACAGAGUAUUGCAAAUCUACAUACAUUUCCAGAAUGGCGGCUUGCUGGAAUGUUAUUAAUACUGAGUGGGAUCCAGAUCAAGAGACUGUCAAUUUUGGUACAAGGCAGUGUGUUGUAGUCGAUUCAGCUAUCUUUGAUGUUGUUACAUUGGCCACAGUAGAAUGCACCAAUCCUGGGACAAAGUCGACACCCACGAAACCAAGAGUCAAUGGAAGCAUGUGGGAACAAUUUACAGUUCUGGCAGUUGAUAGCUAUUGCCAUAUUCUCACCGACAACUGCCAGACUGUUUUAAAAAGUUUCUCUUUGGAUUCAUUCCUAAAUUGUUUGGGCUGGUCUUUGGAUGGAAAAUUCCUGUUUAUUGUCACAGAAGGAGGCUUCAUGAGUGUAAUCUACAUUCCAGACAGCUUGCUGCUUGCAACUAUGCCUUUGCCAAACUUUAGUAUUCCAAACCAGGCAGUUUACAUUACCGUAAGAAAGGAUGAAGUUCUUCUCCUCAAUAGCAGUGGGGUUUUGUUGAGAUUAAGCAAUUUGAAUCUUGAAAGUCUUGCAACAGCCUUGUCCAAUAAAAAUGGACCAAAAGCUCAAGAAAUUCAGAGUGCAAUGAAACAAGAAGUUGUGGAAUGUUUACUAAAAACAAAGGUAACAGCUGCAACAGUAAUUGAUUACUUAAACGGCGAUGCCCUUCUGGUGAUUGGUAGUAUUCACGGAAUUUUCCUUUGGGAUUUUACGAAAAACGUGAUUGUUACUGGUGCACCUUUGAGCUGUAUCUUACGGCAAAUUGAAGCAACUAGUUGCAGCAAGUUCAUAAUCGCACUGGACGAUGAGGGUCGAUUGAUUUGCUACGACGUCGAUUUUCUUUUGCCUGUUUACUACAUUGAAUCGAACGGGCAAUUUGUGUUUCUUGAGCUUGAUAAAACGACCAAGCGCAUUUUGACCACAGACUUGUCCGAUAUGGAAAAUCGAUCGAUCAUAAUGAGAUCAUUCAAAGGAUAUGAGAUAGAAUAUCGAGUUCUUGUAAGCGAUUUCUGCUAUUUGAUUUCGUCUUCAAGUAAGCAGAAUGACAUCAUGUUUAUUGAGGGUGCACGUGACAGGGACGGAAAUGUAACUACUUUGCGAAUAAGGAAAAUGGCAGAAGGACGACCAAUUGAUAGGUUAAGACGAUUAAUCGCGCGAGGGAGAUUUGACGAAGGGCUUCACUUUGCUCAAAAUUUCGACUUGGAUAUGCAACUAGUAUACACCGCUAAAGCCACCCGGCUCUCACAUGAAUUAUCUGUUUGGGCAAAUACGAAGCCGGAAGUAAUUUCUGGCAAAUUUAAGGAUUUCAUCGACACGUUAGACUGCAUUACUGAGCUUCGGUUCGUGGUAGAAAGUUGUUUGAAAUGCGCCCCUACUACCGUUGAGUACAUCCGUAGUUCGCUCUCAUAUGCCAGGAAAAGACUAAAUCUAAACAAAAACAAGGACGAAGAAUGUGAGCGGGUACCGUACAUUUUGGAAGUGUGUAACGUCCAAGAGAAGCUCGAUACGUUCGAAUUAAUCUACGGCCAGAACUUGAUCCAAUAUUGGUAUACUAUCGACAUGAAGGAUAUGUUCAACACUCUAAUAGAGAUUUUAAACCUGGAAGAAAUGACCAGUGCUCUAAUCCUGUGGCAAAGGCAUAGUGUUGAAAUUGUCACUGAUCCUGCCUUCGGAGAAGAAGAAACGUUUCAACUUCUUGGAAGUAUACCUUCGGAUAUGAAUUCGACCAUCCUUCUACCUUGGCUUCAACACGUUUUGCCAAGUUUGGUUCAAUUUGACAGCGAACGCAUUCCACUGGUGAUUGACUGGAUCAUCAGAAAAGCUGCUUCUUUCGAAAGUACUGAAAGACAAGAAUGGCCCCGAAAUGCCCUCAAAUUCACCGACAUUUUGCUAACGUCUUUAAAGAAAGUGAGUGAUUCCCCUGAUGGCCCAAUGGCACCACUAUUUGAUUCAAUCCAAGAACUCAAGGAGAUGGUUGUACUGAAUGAAAAUUACAAAAUUCCUAUUACCUUCAGCAAAUUUACUCAGGAGAACAAGUUGGCUACAAUCAUUCUCCUGUUGAAUUGGCUGCCGACAGCUGCAGACGUUGGUCCGUUUUUGGAUGUGUUUCUGUUGCCAUUUAUGCGUCGACGAGCCAUGGACAUUGAUGAGAGCAUAUUUCACUACAUCUUGAAUUUACUUCACAACUCUGUGAGUUGGUGGCAUAGUGGACAAGCACAAUGGGAACAAAUUGUUGCUACAUUGAUCACUUACAUUAAGAGUAUUGAGGUCCAAGCCAAAUCCAUACUUGCUGCACUUUGCCAAGCCCCCGUGCCUUGGAGUUCGACAGUAACAGAACUUGCAGAGAAAGGGAAAAAGCUUGAACAUCCGCUAGCCGAGAAAAUUAAAGAAGAACAUUCCAUUGUUCCCCUUAAAACGGUCUUACGACACUACAAUAUUCAUGUCUUCGAUUUGACUGAUACGCUUCUCAUGAAUUGCAUCGUGCGGAAUAUUCUGAAGCAACAAACAAAGGACUGCCUCGAACACGCACUCACUGUGGCAAUGACAUCGAAUGCAAUCGCUGAAAAUAACGUACGCACGACCUACCUUACAAGUUUGAUGUGCAGUGACAAGCAUGAUCUGAUUGUAGAGACGCUAGGUCAAAUGUCAAACGAUGAACGAGCUGACUGUUGCCGGAAGCUCAUGUUUUUUAUUGAAGGCUCUGUUAAUUCAUACGUUAAAAAGCCUAAUCAGAUGACUCAAAAGCGAGCUGAUGCUUGCAUGAAUUGUCUCAACGGAAUUUGGAAGAGUUACACAUCAACAAACAAACAACAAAUCGUCAGUAGUUGGACUGAUCGUAUUUCAGAUUUGAGAAAUGUACAUCGUCUAAUGUCUCACGGUGUGGCUAUAUCUACGAACAGCUACUGUUACCUGAAAGAGCGGCAAAAUACUUUGCGUAAUUUUUGCAAUUUUCUCAUUGAGAAGGAAGUGAUGGACUACACGGAGCUGAACAGUGUUGCCCACCUCUUGUCGCUUCCCGAGUCAUUUGCUCUACAAGAACAAAUUCUGUGUGCACGGUCGUCUGGAAAAGACGAAGUGAUGGUGACCUGUUCACAAAGGUUGUUAGUUUGCCUUGCAGGUACAGAAAUGGCCGAAGCUUGUUACUUAGCAGCACAGUGUUUGAACCAAAGUAGCCACGCUCACGAUACGAUUGAACUCCAGAGUCAACUAGCCGCUAAAGCUGCAACAUACUGUUCAAGUGAAUCUUUGAUGGAUCCCAGUGAACUUUGCUGCCUGGUGAAUUUAAGGAAUCUCAUUCUGAAGCGUUCCUCGGCAGUUGGCACACCUGACAUUUACAGCAGCAUUUCAUCUUUGGGAGUUUAUCAAGAUUUUACAACACCCAUUCUCAAUCGCGAUAUUAUGAAAUAUCUCUCUACAGCUCAAGCUCGAGUAUUGCCAUGUCUUGAACUUACCAAGGGAACCAAUUCGAUUGUGGGUCUGUCAGCCCGAGUCCAAAUUUCAGAAGCAGCCGAGGCCUUGCGGGAGUUUGCCAAAGAAUGUCUUGGUGUAAUCCAGGUGUUGCGGGGCUGUCGACAGUUGAUGCCUGCUCUCUAUUUGGCGUACGCCUCGGACUCGCUAGUUCAUCUUAUGUUUCUUCAGCUACCUAAUCUGGAUUUGGUGGCGGUAUACAAUAAGACCAUCUCCAAGCAUUUUGACGAGCUAUCUUCCCAACUUCUAGUUCGAGUGAUGACUGCAAAUCGACCUGAUAUCCCAGAUAUGGCACUAGCUACUUCAUGCCUUUUGAUUCUGGGACCCACCGAAGGCUUUAAAUAUCUUGUGGAUCUUGUUAAGCGUUCCACAUCUGAUCGACGUCGGGUUUUCUACAUUGGAUUUCUUGGCCGUUUGCUUUUUAAACUUGCGGCAACAGGCGGCGAAGAAGAAGAGUUUUUUGAUUCCGUUAUCCUUCGCUGUCAUUGGAGUAUGAAGCUUGCACCUUUCGGGAUUCACGUCCAGAUACCGCCAGUCGACGAAAUGCUACCAAUUAUGGACACUUUGGUUACUUUAGAGGACGUUCCACUCGAACUGAUAAGCUCAUUUUGCUCGAAUUUCCCUUUAAAUCUCAGUGCGGCGUAUAUUUCUAGAGCACAGUAUCUGAUCGUAUCCACGGAUGCUACUAAUAUGAAGGGAAGAAUUGGCAAAAUCCACGAUGUUUUGUCUCAGCUGGCGCCAAUCGAAGUUCAAAAACUGGUUCAAAGUGUACGCUGCAAAGUCAGUCCUUAUAACUAUGAACUGCUCUCCUGCUUAUUGGGAAUUCUGUAUGACCUGCAACCUGAUGCGCUAGAAGUCAAGACAAUGCUAGAGCUAUUGGAGUUCCUGUCUUGCUAUGAAAGAUCCGUUCCACCAGGAAUCAUGGAACAACAGACUUCAUUUUAUCGACUUCCUGGUUCGGAUGAAUGGCCCCAAAAACGUUUGCCCAUGUACUACCAGAUUGAUUCCAGCUUGGCUAAAAACAUCUACUAUGAAGAAUUUCACAUUUCCAACUGGACUAUUUGGUUUAAUUCACCUUCCCUUCUACCAAUCAACCGCGACGAAAUUUGUAUGAUGGCGGUCAACAAUACUGUUAAACGCUAUAACAAGGAUUAUCUAGAUCAGGCCCAAGUUGAGUCCGUAUUCCACAAAAUCAAACAAUGUUUAGAUUGUAUUAGUACUGUUUCUCGGGCUGCAGCUUGCGCUGGAGAUAUUACACAAAGACUGACCACUAGCCCUGAAAAUUAUUAUGCCGCUGAAUUACACAUGCAACAGUGCGAGAAAUGGAAGAACGAAAAUGAUCCGUCAGGUGUUGCCGCCUACAAUAAAAGUGUCAAAGUUCAUCAAAGGGUUCAAACUGAAGAGAGUUUGGCAUACUUUAAGUUGUGGAACAAGCGACAUGAAACACUGACUCCAUAUCCUGAGCGUCUCAUUCGUUCUCUGUUUGAAGACUGUGGCACUCCUGAUCGGUUUCAAGAUAUUAAUUCUGCAGCAGAAAAUAUUUGCCAAAUAUUUAACUUGAAUCUGAAGGUUCUAAAGCAUUCAAUGAUGCAAGAAUGGUUGCCUAUGAUUGAACAAUAUCAGCAAGAAGAUUUUUAUCAACCUUAUGGAAUGGAAUCAAAUGGAGCUGCACAAGAUUUAAGUGUUGAAUUACAAAAUAAGCAAAAUUUGGAACGCGUGAUUUGCUUGUUGAGCGGUUCUGAUUACGUUUCGUGGGUCGCAUAUCUCCGUGAAAAAGCUUUAAACGACGAAGAACGUCCAGCUGUCCGAAUGAGGGCUUUAACGGCUCUGCAAGCUGCUUUAACUGAAGAUCAAAUGAUGGAACACAUGGAACUCCAUUCCUACACUUUAAAUUUACGCAUUAAAGUAUUAAACUUCUUGAGUCGCCUUGAAGUUCUGGGUUUGGUUUAUAAGGAAGACGAAUUUGAAGUGACAGAUAAAGCAGAUUUGAUUCGCGCUUUACUUCAGAGUGGAGCUAGUACUCAGCGUUGCAUUACUUUGGCCAUGGAUCUGGCAACUUGCAACAUUAUUCAAGAUGCUGAUAUUUGGUCCAGUAUUUUAGAGCGAGUGGUCAAGUUCAACCUGCUCGAAACGGCUCAUUCUCUCAUCAAAGAUAUUUCAGAGAUUCGAUAUUUAUGGAUCAAUCCAGUUAUGGCACCUGUAUGGAACUUAAUCUUACAAGCGCCAUUCAAGCAAAAUAGCAGUGAUGUAAACUGCUGCAUUUCCGCCCUCGAGAUGCUGUGGAGUUGCCCAAUUCUCGAAGAUAUAGAUUUGGAUUCUCUUGAAAAGUGCGUCCUCAACCAUGAUUACCCAUAUUUGGCCGCCUUACUAUUGCCAUUCAUCAGAAAUAAGAAACGGUUAGACUUAAUUCAGAAAUUGCAAGGUUUUGGGACAUCAGAGAUUUUAGAAAAGAAACUAUUCGAAAAAUGUCCAACAUUUCCUUAUCUAAAUCUAAUCAAAUCACUACUUUCACACAACUCAUAGUCGGGAAUCAGGACUCAAUUCAGUGAUUCUUAUUGUUAUUGGGUGUGCUGAAAUCCAAAAUUCAGAAAAUAUAUAAUCAAAUAUUAAAUUAAGGCCUAAAGGAUUUUUGUUUUUU